UCCCCAAGGGGAAAUUCAACAUUUUUCCAGUGUCCCAUACACUUAUUGUAGCAAAACUAAUUACAUACAGUAUUUAACUCAGUAACGAAUUACAUACAGUAUUUAACUCAGUAUUACAGUAUAUUUAACAGUAUUAUAUAAGGGUUUCCCGCAUUUUUUUCUUGCUUUUCCUAACAGCUCUGACUUUGGUAGUGGGUUUAGUUUUGUUUCUGUACACCAAUUUUUUUAUAUUUCAAUAUAAUGAUUUAAUUUAAUUUUUAUGAACACAGGGUUUUGUGAACUGUAUUUUUAAUACAAUGUAUUUGGUACUUUAUUGAUUUAUAAUAUAUAUCUUCCUGUACUCUGCAUUCCUUUAUGUAGAAACUAAUAAAAAUAGUGAAGGAGAAGUAGGUCAUUACAAUCAGAUUUAAUGAUCUCCUAUUGAUGUAUGGCGGUUUGACCUGUUCCGAUCUUCACAUGCUGAUGACUGCUCGAAAUAGAGCUGCCCUGCCCUUUUGCUCCGGUUGGUGUCGCUGCUGAGGCUGGCCGUGCGCAUGCGUCGUGGUGUCUAUCCGGUUUCCAUGAUGGCGGAUCGGCUCUCAGGUGAAAGGCAGCCUGUUGAUUUUUGCGAAUGAGCAAUUUUAUACGAAUAUAUAACAUUGAACUUUGCCUGCAUUCUAGUUCUAAGCACCAGAAUGAUGGCUGCUGUUCAUCCAGCCGUUUCUGGCUUGUUACCCCUGUUGGCGACUUUGGAAGACUCAUCUGUAUCAUCUGCGGAGCAGGUUGAUGCCUACCUUACCAUAUCCAGUCGCCUUAGUGGAGAAGAUGGAAAGGAAUUUGUUGGUGCAGUUGGCAAACAGUUUACUCGGCUCUGUGAAGUACUGAAAGGUCAUCUUUCCAAUUCGGAUUUGGAACUUUGUAAUGCUGCGCUACAGGCCUUGGGAUUUUGUGUCUUUCACAGUAGUAUUAGUGCUGCGUUGUCAGCGCCUGAAGCUGAACAGUUGCUUUUGACACUCUGUGACAUUGCAGUCACCUCAUCUGAUAAAAAUACAUGUACAAGGGCACUUUGGGUAAUGGCUAAGCAGACCUUUAGUCCUGAAGUCAUUGAAAAAAAGGUUCCAAAAAUACUUUCAGCAGUGGAAACAAUAUUUGCUCGAGAUCAACAGUCAGUGGUUGUUGAACAUGAAGCACUAAAUCUUAUUGUGAGGCUUUUGGAGCAGACGCCUGAACAAAUGGGACAGCAUGCUGUUCAAUGGGUCAAGCUGCUACUUCCUCUUGUCGUUCAUUCUGCUCCCAAAGUUCGGUUGCGGGCAGCAACAGCAUUAGAAUUGGGGCUACCACUUCUGCUCCAAAAGCAGCAGGAGGUGGCAGUUGUAACAGAGCCUUUAAUGAUGUCAAAAAUUAUUCCAGAGAUGCAGAAGCUAUUUACAUCAAAAAAUGAAACAUAUGUUCUGAAGUUGUGGCCACUCUUUGUGAAGCUUUUGGGAAAGUCAUUGCAUCGUGGAGGAAGUUUCAUUAACUCUCUCCUGCAUUUGGAAGAGUUGGGGUUUCGUAGUGGCUCUCCAGUUGUGAAGAAAAUAGCUUUCAUUGCUUGGAAAAGUUUGAUUGACAAUUUUGCUUUAAAUCCUGAUAUCCUUUGCAGUGCAAAAAGGCUCCGUUUGCUCAUGCAGCCAUUGAGUUCUAUUCAUGUCAGGACUGAGGUUCUUGGCCUUGCCAAGCUGGAGGUGUGGUGGUAUUUGGCUUUGCGGCUGGGUCCACAAUUAUCUGCUAACUUUGAACAGGUGUGUGUCCCAAUGUUACUGAAUGCUUUUGGUGCUGAUGGAACUACACAUUCAACCAGCAUAUCUUGUAGAACUUCAAUCUGUACACCUACAACGCCUGCCUCUGCACAGAAGCCAGCCUUUCCUUUUCCAAGUCCAGCAAUGUCAAGAAUGCAAAAUAAUUGCAGCUUCUCUCUCAUGCCAGUAAUGCAAGCCAUGCAGCUUGUGGGAGUCGAAAUAUUACUUCACUUCCUCACGGGUCCUGCAGUCACUGAUCUAGUGAAACAGAACAAUCUUCAACUCAGCCUGGACCCUCUGCAGCAUCCGUUAAUUAACAGCCCUUCGUUCUUUUGCAAGCAUGCUGGCACACUGAUCAAUGCAGCUAAAGAUGCAUUCAUUUCUGUUGGCAAAUUGGGUGAAGAUACCCUGCUUAACCUUAUCUGGCAGCAUCUGAUCAGCUUUGUGAAAAAUGGUAUUGAUGCAGGCUCAAAGAAGGAACGACAAGUAUCAGAGCUAUUGACACUGCUACUACAGGCAUUGCAGCAGGUGGUAACUUUGGAUGCUGUCACAGCACACAGAGCUUUAGGUCUUAUAGAAGCAACUGUCAAAGGACUCCCUCAAAAGGUCUUGGGAUCACCAGCAUACCAGGUUGCCAACAUGGACAUUCUGAAUGGCACUCCAGCGCUCUUCCUGAUCAUCUUGCUCUUCCACAACAGCUUAGUGGAAUGUUGUGUGGUUGAAGAAAGAUUUUUCACUAUUCUCGAGAUUCUCGUUGGUUACGGAUUGUCUGGCCCCACGUGCUCACUGGCAUUUAGUGAGUCAGUUUUAAAUGUUGUUAACCAGUCUGCAGCACUGGCAGCAAACAAAGAGCACCUCUGGAGAAUGUGGAGCAUUGUUGUUAAUCCGCUGACUGAUCGGGUCACCCAGACAAAUGAAGUAAAUCAAGGAGACGCAUUAGAGCAUGACUUCCGUGCUAUGUACAUUGCAUUGACACUACCAAUCAACCACUUGUUUACCAAACAAAAUCUUCCUCAGUCUACAGUGAAGUCAGUGCUGAAAACAUGGGCUGAUUUAUAUAAAACAUUUGCACGUUGUGCAGCUUUGGUGGCAACAGCAGAAGCCAAUGUAUGCUGUGAGGAGCUGAGUGUCAAAAUAUUAGCAAUAUUGGAUGAUGACUCUUUUUCUAGCUUAUCUUCGUUGGAGGCAAUUGUUCAUAUCUUAAAUGUGAUGGUUGAAUGUGUUGACUUCUCGCAGUUCUCAAAGUUUCAACAAAAAGCCAACACACCACACACACCUACACACUGGUUAAAGAAAAAACAGGAGCCUCUUGGAAAUCUGACUUCAUUGCUUAAACUUCUAGUGAAAAUUAUAGAUGCUUUUCAUGAGCUAAGUUCCAAGGAAUCGCAGUUUGAAAUGUCAGCUUCUGGAAUGGUAUCCAUUGGAAGUGGCAUUGUCGGCAUUCUUUCCAAUGUCUUCACUCACCUGUCAAUGGCAUCAGCAAUUGAAGCAGUGUUCACCAGCUUAGCAGAUUCCAUAUCCAUCUUCUAUGAAAGGACAUCAAACCCGAUUAAUGGAGCUUCAAAGGUGUACACUACUCCAUUGUCCAAUAAGCUAGAGAAGUUGCAUGCAGACAUUCUUCAUUGUUUGCAGUCCCGUUACACCUCGGCCUAUGACAGCAGCUUGCUGGAACAGUUGUCAUCGCUACUCAGCACCACGUUCUUGCACAAGAACCGGCAAAUCAGGAACCAGACUGCACAGUUUUGGAAUGCUACUUUUGCCAAAGCAACAACACUAAACUACCCACAGCUGCUGAAGCCAAUAUUAAGUCGGGUCAAGCAGAAAACUCCCAUAAUUUUGCCUGGUUUUGAGGCAUUGGAGUUGACAGAAGAAUCAAGUGGCCCUUACUCAGAUCUGUCAGAAAAUUCCCAGCUGGAUGCUAAAAUCAGUGGCGUGGAUGUAAAUUCUGUUGGGAAAAGAAACUCGCUGCUAGCAAAAGCUGAACAAUUGAAAGAGAAAACAUCCCUUCAAACUCCAGCAAAAUUGAAACUAGAUUUCUCUCCCAAAACUCCACGGCGUGAAGUUCUUCUGGAGGAGGAACAAUCAUUGGACUUUGUCUUUAUACCACCUGAACCAAAGCAGAGGAUACUAACCGAGCAUCAGAAAGAGGUGUUGCAAACAAAGAGGACUGACAUUCCAGCAAUGUACAAUAACUUGGAUGCGUCUCAGGAUUCUCACUUGUUUUCCCAGUAUGCACAAUCUCAGGAAGAAAGUUUAGAAAAAUUGGCAGAAGUUGAGCAAGUGGACCAAACUUCUGAUAAGAAACAGCAGGCUGACAGUGUGGUCGCAGAAAGUGAGGUGAUUGCCCCAGUUACAAAUCAAGAAGGCACUGGAAGCAUGUUGCUUGAUCAAGAAAAGCUGCAGGAUUCUGCUGAUCAGGAGAAAAGUAGAAUUCCAAUUUGUCUAGACUCUAAAGGUUCUGGUGGCAGUGACAAACAGGAGGAAACUAGGAAUGGUGCAGUAGUUUUCCCAUCAGACUGUGUUGGAGGUGACAUUGAAGCAGUCAGCCAUGCAGAUGUCAGUGGCGGCUCCAGCUCCUCUGAUGUUGUCUCUGGGACACCACAAAAAACCAGCAGUCGUCGGCAGUCAUUCAUCACACUGGAGAAGUUUGAUUCUUCUACCCCGUGUUCCUUCAGCAAGUCACCAAUAAGUAAAUUUACUCAGGCAGCUGCUAAAGCUCCUGUUCCUCUGCAGGGCGAAAUAAUGGAGGUGGAAGAUACACCACAACUUGAAGUGGGUAAGGUUUGCCAGGAAGUCUGUCUGAACACAUCACUCUCUAGGAGUAGACGAAGUAGACGCUUAGGAAAUAAAAAUGAACAGUCAGUCAUAGAAAAGCCAACCAAACGCAACAGGACUUCUAAAAGUAUGAAGACUUCUGAAGAAGAGUCAUCUGAUGUCAAAAAAAAUUCUUCAGCUGAUAAUGUACAGGCAUCAAAAGAAAGUGAUUUACAUGAGGAUGAGUGCAGCCAAAAUUCUGAGUGUCAAACAGAUGCUGUCCAACUGGUAGUUGUUGGGGAGAGAAAGUUAGCUUCGCCUGUCAUCUUAAAGGGGAAUCCAUUAUCAGAAAGACCUCCAGGUAUGCAAGAUGAGGCUGAUGAACAAAAUUCUAGAAUAACACCAAUUAAAACACGAAGGCAAUCUUCUAGGAAGCAUUUGGAACUGACAGUGACCGAUCCAGCAAUUAAAAAGGUUAAAAUUGAGGGUUGCAAACCCCGUAAAAGAUCACAAAACGAGAGUGUGGAGUCUCUUCAGAAUGGGUCCUCUGGGAGUGAUGAGUUGAUAAAGGAGGAAAAUAAUACUAAAACUUCAUCUGACAACUCAGAAACCGAAAAGAGCAGUGCUUCAAAAACGAAUUCUCAAGAACCUCUUGUCAAAAGCCGUCCUCGCUACCUCACUCGUAGGUCAUCCCAAGGCCUAUCUGAAGCAGAAAACAGCUGCUGUGAUGUGACUGAAACUGAGAGUUCUGAAAGCAGCUCUAAGCCUCAGAAUGGGCCAAAGAAAAGGAAAGUAUUCAAGGGAAAAACAAAGACAAAGGAGCUAUCUCCUGAGAGCAGCAAGACAAAAACAGCAAAGGAACACAAACUAACGAUGGGCAGUCAGCUGUGCUCAGAAACUGAAACCGGUGAAGUUAAUAUUUUGAAGGAAAACGAGGUAGAACAUUGGGAUGCAUCAACGACACAAACUGACAAUGCAAGUGAUGUUAAUCCUGUGCAGAAAGCUAUGGAGGUUCAGACAGUUGUAGAGUCAAGUGUAGAAAUGGAUCCCAACGUGGACCCAGUUGCAUCUGAUGAGAGAGAACAGCCUGAAGCUGUUGAAAAUGUGAAAGUCGAAAGUAAUUUGGAGCAGUGCAAAUUUGAAGCAGCUAGCCCAGUGGUCAAUGUUGAACCUUUGCCUUCUGAGGCAGGAAAUUCAUCUUCUGGAAUGUCACUUAAUGAUUGCUCAAUUCCCCCUCACGAGCAGCAUACAGACAAAAAGAACCAGCAAUUAAAAGGGUGCCAUUUGAGAAGUAAAAGGACACGGAAAACUAAAAGCUGUGAUUGUUGCCAGAAUCCCUUGCAACAGCAUGGGAAGUCACUAGCUGGAAGCAAAGAAAAUACUGCCAAGCAAGAUUCGCAUUCUGAUGAGCAGAAAGAGCACGAUUCACACCUGAAUUUUUCAGUAUCUUCUGCAGAGAGAUUAUCAGAAAGUUCUGAGUUGAUUAAUACUGGAAAUGAUGACAAUGGACCAUGUGCAUUCAGCACACCCAUAAAUGAGAACAGUGCAAAACAUCCUUUUGGUCCAUCCUUCAGUAAGGUUGCAUCUAAAGGGGAAUCCACUGAAGAAAAAUGCGUUUUACCAGACUUAGAAGCCUCUGUAGAGCAGAAAGUGGAGCCACCGUCUGCAGAGCAGAAAAUAGAAGAAGCUUCGGAUUGUGGAAAGAAUGAGCAAGUGGAACUGACGGAGACAGGUGACACUGCAAAUUGGAAGUGUCAUCCGUCAGAGCUGGUAGCUGAGCCAGUGUCAGAGCCAGUAGCUGAGCCAGUGUCAGAGUCGGUAGCUGAGCCAGUGCCGGUGCCAGAGCCGGUAGCUGAGCCAGUGCCGGUGCCAGAGCCGGUAGCUGAGCCAGUGCCGGUGCCAGAGCCGGUAGCUGAGCCAGUGCCAGAGCCGGUAGCUGAGCCAGUGCCAGAGCCGGUAGCUGAGCCAGUGCCAGAGCCGGUAGCUGAACCAAUGACUGAUAAUGCUGCCGAGCCUGCUGCUUUGUUAGGUGAGCCAUCAGUGAUUAAAGAAACUCAGGAUGACAGCUGUGUUUUAGACCAUGGUCAAGUGACUAAGGCAAGUGAGUCUGCCCCACUUGACAAAGUGACUGAUGUACUGGCUGGACCAGAUGAGAGUGAAGAGCCGAGUGCUGUCGACAAGUCUACGCAAGGUGAACCGGAAACUGCAGUGCAGUUCAAAGAUGUGGAACCUGGCGAAAAUGAAGAGUUACAAACCGAGACACAAAUAACUGCGACGGUUGAUCUCCCCGAGCAGGUGAUAUCUGAUAAUAAUGAACACAAGUCAGAGCAACUCAUGGAAUCACCACAGAAGAUAAAAAAUGAUAGCAUGUUUCUGACAGGUUCAAUGCACAGUCCUUCAGGAAUGCAGGCAUGUUGUGUCUGGUCACCUACAGCCUCGCCUUCCACAAGUAUUCUUAAGAAAGGAAUUAAGAGGCAGACUGAAACUGACUCUCCUUCACCACUGAAUAAGAUCCGUAGAGUUUCAUUUGCAGAUCCAAUUCAUCGGGAAGGCUUGGCAGAUGAUAUUGAUCGUCGUAGCCCAGUAGUGAGAUCCCAUUCUUCAGGAAGUUCCCCUGCAUUAAAUCACUCAAUCUCUAAUGGUUCUAUUCGCUCCAGUUUUCAGUACAAGUACAACACUACUCCAACAAAAGGAUUCCAGAGUCCAAGUGCUCGCAAUUCAGGCUGUAAGAGUUCGAAGAAAUGUCUGAUCUCUGAAAUGAGCAAAGAGUCUGUGACAUCAUCUUCAGCACGUGUGUAUCCUGCUCUGGUCAGCUGUUCUUCACCUGUCGAAACCAUUCUACCUCAGCUUGCUUCUAAUAUGUGGGCCCGAGGUUUGGGCCAACUUGUAAGAGCUAAAAACAUCAAGACUAUUGGUGACCUGAGUUCGCUCACAGUGGCUGAAAUUAAGUUGCUUCCGAUCCGUUCCCCAAAAGUAUUUGUUGUAAGAAAGGCUCUCAAAGCCUUUUAUGAAAAUCAGAGAAAAUCUCUUGGUUUAGAAGAAGACAACGUAUUUGAAGGUGAAAAACUGGUAAUUGGCACAGAGGACACCAUCAACUCCAGUGCUGAUGAAGAAAAGCUGGCCACAGACUUAAGUGAGACUGCUGCACCUCCUGUUACUCCUCCUCCCCUCAUCUCUGAAGUUAAUGCCCUCCAUGCACGCUUUUUCUCUGAGAACUUGAAUGAGCACUCUGGGGGCCAACUCUUCACGAUGCAUCAUCAGCUGAGGGGUAUGAUGGACUGCAUCAUGGUAAACCUGCAGUCUCGUUGGAGGUCCCCACCACAUGAAGCUGCAGACUGAUGGUGUCAAGCUGUGUGAACUGGUAAAACUCGUCUUAAUCAGUGGAGGUUAUUAAGCUGCCACAUCCCAUCCCCUUAAAGCAAGCUACAGCUCAUUAUCGGGUAAUUAUUUGCCACAGUGUUUCAUCCCAGCUUUACUCAUGAUAAAUAGCAGUCUUACAUUAUACUCAGGUGUGUCCUGUUACUCUGUCUCCAUUUUAAGAAUUGUGACCUUGAAUUCCAGCCUUACCUGGUGUUCAGACUUCAUUUUUCUUGAGGAUAUCCUGGUAAAAGUGGCAUUGGUCAUUGGGAAUAAGAAAUCAGCCGUGAACAGCACCUUCUCUAUAGAAGCUUGUCCUCCUCUUGACUGCUCUGGGUGGUUUCAGAAGGAGCAAUUUUCUUGGUAAAUGGGGGUAAGGUGUGAUGAGGAUAUGGUAUAAAGGAGUUGCCUAUAACUAAGUGUUAUUUUGAUAGACUGCUUUAUAGAAAGAUAAAGUCAGUAGUAAUUGCAGAGCAACAGUGGGAAAACGGAUGGAAUGAUCUUUCAUAGAAGCAGUGGGAUAGAAUAAUAUAUAUACUAAAAAGGACCACACAAGGAGAUUUCAAUGAGUGUCUCAUUGCCGUUAUGUACAUUGGGAGAAGUUAUAAAAAAUGUAUUGGAAAUUUUCUGCAAGGAAAAUAAUUUUGUGAUGUUAAAUUAUAUUAUUUUACCAAUAAAAUUUUGCAUUUUUUUUGUGAACAGAAUACAACUGUUAUUUCUCUCUCUCUGGCCGUUUCUUUUAUAGUGAUGUCUUAUAGAUGCCAGAGUAAAUUCGUGCACAGGAACAAAGUCUGAGCUGCACAUUUAAAAAAAAAACUUUUUUUUUAAACCUGUGCUUGAGCUCACUGUAUACUCUUGUACAAAUAAAAACCAUUAC